AUGGUCAACUCUUGUGGUUCCGUCUGCUCUGACCAGGGCUGUGGCCAAGGCUGCUGUCAGGAGACCUGCUGCUGCCCCAGCUGCUGCCAGACCACCUGCUGCCGCCCCAGCUGCUGCGUGUCCAGCUGCUGCCGCCCCAGCUGCUGCGUGUCCAGCUGCUGCCGCCCCAGCUGCUGUGGCUCCAGCUGCUGCCGUCCCUCCUGCUGCUGCAGACCUACCUGUUGCAUCUCUAGCUGCUGCCGCCCCACCUGUUGCCAGACCACCUGCUGCCGUCCCAGCUGCUGCCGCCCCAGCUGCUGUGUGUCCAGCUGCUGCCGCCCCAGCUGCUGCAUUUCUAGUUGCUGCCGCCCCUCCUGCUGUGGUUCCAGCUGUUGCAGGCCCAGCUGCUGUGUGUCCAAUUGCUGCCGUCCAGUCUGCUGCCAGACCACCUGCUGCCGUACCACCUGCUGUCGCCCUGUCUGUUUGUCUACCUGCUGCCGCCCCACCUGCUGCCAGACCACCUGCUGCCGCCCCGCCUGCUGUGGCUCCAGCUGUGGUUCCAGCUGCUGCCGCCCGACCUGCUGCCAGACCACCUGCUGCCGCCCCACCUGCUGUGGCUCCAGCUGCUGCCGCCCCACCUGCUGUGUGUCCAGCUGCUGCCGCCCCACCUGCUGCCAGACCACCUGCUGCCGCCCCACCUGCUGUGGCUCCUGCUGUGGCUCCAGCUGCUGCAGGCCAACCUGCUGUAUCUCUAGCUGCUGCCGCCCCACCUGCUGCCAGACCACUUGCUGCAGGACCACCUGCUGCCGCCCAAGCUGCUGUGGCUCCAGCUGCUGCCGCCCCUCCUGCUGUGGCUCCAGCUGCUGCAGGCCUACUUGCUGCCAGACCACCUGCUGCCGCCCCACCUGCUGCCAGACCACCUGCUGCCGCCCCACCUGCUGCCAGACCACCUGCUGCCGCCCAGUCUGCUCUAGUGGUUCCUGCUGCUGA